AGUUUGGGGAACAUACUUUAGCAAUUAAUAGUCUUCACCCACAGCAUGCAAUGAGAGUAUCCAUGGCUCUGAUUUGGUAUUUUGCUUCCAUCCAUCUCAUCCUUUUGCUUUCUGUGUCAAAAAAUGUUGCCCAUCUUGAAUUGAAUGGAUCUGUCAAAGAGAAAAUAAGGUGUAUGGAGAAGGAAAGAGUAGCACUUUUAUCCUUCAAGCAAAAAUUGGUGGAUGAAUAUGAUAUACUCUCUUCUUGGGACACAGAUGUCAACAGUGAUUGUUGCAAUUGGAAAGGUGUUGAAUGCAGCAACACUACUACCACUCAUCAUCAUAUCAUUGGACUUGAUCUUCAUGCCUCUGAUAAUUACGAAAGGUGUUUGAAGGGUGAGGUUGGUUCUUCCUUGACUCAAUUGUCACACCUUAACUACUUAGAUCUUAGCAAUAAUCUGUUUGAUCGAAUUGUCUUUGAGGAUAUUGCUUCUCUUAUGGAAUUGAAUUAUCUAAACUUGUCUUAUAAUAACUUUGCAACUCCCAUUCCUCCUCAUCUUGGGAACCUUUCCAAAUUGUCUAUUCUUGAUCUUUCAUCAAAUUAUUGGUUAAAUCAUGACCUUAGAUGGCUGAUCCCGAAUACUUUGUCAUCAUUAAAAUAUCUUGACUUGAGUUCAGUAGUCUCUGAAGAUGCCAAUGAUUGGACAAUUGCGAUUAACAAACUUCCCGUGUUACAAAGUUUGUUUUUAAGCAAUUGUGGCCUUCCAACCCCUAUUCUAUCAUCUCAUCAUUCAAACAUCAAUUUCUCAAGAUUUCUAGUUGAGUUGGACUUCUCUUGGAAUCAUAUUAAUUUUAAUUCCUCCAAAUUUUAUUCAUGGUUGAUCAACUUAACUAAUCUCGUUUAUUUGAAUCUUAGAUCCAACAAUCUACAGGGUUUGAACUAUAAUGAUUUUGAAAAUAUGACUUCACUUGUAUUUCUUGAUCUAACUUCCACUAGAGUUAAUUUUCAUUCCCUCAAGUCUUUUGGAAGUCUUUGCAAUUUGAAUUCAUUACACUUAAAUUUCAAUAAUAUAGGAGGAUUGCUAUCUGAUUUUUUUAAAGCUUUUCCACCAUGCCUGCUUCACUCAGUUCAGUCUCUACAUCUUGCAUCAAAUAACUUUAGUGGAUUCUUGCCAAAUUUUACUAUGCUUCCAUCUUUAAAAGAAAUAGAUUUAUCAUACAACAUGUUGCAUGGAAGAGUUCCCCAAAAUUUGGGACAAUUAUCAAAAUUGGAGGAAUUAUAUCUCAAUGACAAUUUAUUGGAAGGCGAAGUUUGUGAAACUCAUUUUGCAAAGGUUACACAUUUAAAAUAUUUGGAUCUAUCUAAUAAUCCUAAUUUGAAUUUAAACUUCAAGUCUAAUUGGGUCCCUCCUUUUCAGUUGGAGGAAAUCUAUUUGAGAUCAAUCAAGUUGGGUCCAAUUUUUCCCAAGUGGUUACCAACUCAGAAUUUCUCUUAUCUCAUUGAUAUUUCAUUUGCUCAAAUUUCAGACAUCAUUCCUCAUUGGUUUUGGACCAACUUGUCUGCGAACUUGUACUACAUAGAUCUUUCUGGGAAUAAAAUCAUGGGUGAAAUUCCAGACUUGCCAUUGAAUUACUUCAAAGGAAUACAGACUAUUAAUUUUGAGUCAAACAAAUUUGUGGGGCGAAUUCCCGCCUUUCUUUUUCAAUCACGAUUGCUCAGUCUUUCAAAUAAUAAUUUUUCUGACUUAACAUGCUUAUGCAAAAUUGGCAUCUCUCCUUUAAAGGAAUUGGAUCUUUCUAACAACCAAUUAUCAAGACAACUUCCUAAUUGUUGGGACUCCAUGGACAACUUAGAGGCAUUAAAAUUGUCUGAUAAUUACUUUUCCGGAGACCUUCCACACUCUAUGAGUAGCCUCAUUCAUUUGAAUACCUUACUUUUACGCAACAAUCAAUUCUGUGGAGGGUUUGAUUCUUUGUCCAGCUUGUCAUCUUUGAAAGCCAUUGAUGCAAUGAAUAACAAUUUAUUUGGAGCAAUACCAUCGUGGAUUGGAUCAAAGUUGCCUAAUUUGACUUACCUGAAUUUGAAGUCAAAUAACUUCUAUGGAAAUUUGCCUUCAAGUAUUUGCAAUCUCAAACGGAUUCAUGUAUUGGAUAUUUCAUCCAACAAUAUAUCUGGAAGCAUACCAACCUGCAUUCAUAAUUUCCAAGCCUUCAAACAAACAUCAGACCCAAGUAAUGAUUUUGAUGUUGACGAUAAUGGUAUGGAGUUCAUAUUUUGGAAAAGAGAAAGGAGAUUACUCGUGUCAGCUGGUUAUGAAGGUUUGGUAAUGGUGUUGAAAGGUAAAGAGAGACUGAUCAUAGGAAAAGUAUUAAGAUUUGAAAGAUUUAUUGAUUUAUCUUGCAAUCAUUUGACCGGAAAAAUUCCUGAUGAAAUCACCGAGCUUGUUGGUUUGAUUACUUUGAAUCUCUCCAACAAUGAAUUAACAGGUCCAAUUCCUGGUAACAUGGGUCAACUUCAAUCAUUGGACUCUUUGGAUUUAUCAAGAAAUCAUUUAUACGGUCCAAUUCCAGCUACUCUUUCUCAAAUAUCAAGGUUGUCAGUAUUGGAUUUGUCAUAUAAUAACCUUUCAGGAAAAAUUCCCACAAGCACUCAGCUUCAAAGCUUCCAAAAUUCUUCUUAUGAAGGAAACCCUUAUCUUUGUGGAGAUCCGUUGAAAAAGUGCUUUAAUGAAAUCCCUCGAGAGCCAAAUGAUAUUCAUGUUAAUGAAAAUAAGAAUGAAGAUAGCUGGUUCGUACUUGGAGAAUUUUUUAUCAGCAUGACAUUUGGAUAUAUUGUUGGUUUCUGGGGUAUAUUUGGCACUUUGUUACUUCAUAAGAGAUGGAGACAUGCGUACUUCAAAUUUCUAAUGAACACAAUCCAUUGAAAUCAGAGCUAUGUCAAACCAUGGGAGCACAAUGUUGGGACAAAUGCAGUUACCACGAAUCACCAAGAUAAACUAUGACAAUUGGAGUAUUCAAAUGCGUGCCUUGCUUGGUGCUCAAGACGAAUGGGAAGUAGUCCAGGAAGGUCUUGAAGAGGAGGCUCCAAUUGCAAAUAUGACAGCAAACCAAUUGAGGGCGAUAAAAGAGAUGUGCAUGGAAGACAAAACCACUCUCUAUCUCAUGAUCCAAGUUGUGGAUGAGUCAGGUUUUGAGAAAAUUGUAGGUGCAAAGACAUCGAAGGAAGCGUGGGACAUACUGGAGAAGGUUUUCAAGGGUGUUGAUCGAGUCAAACAAGUGAGGCUCCAAACUCUUCGAGGUGAAUUGGAAACCAUGAAAAUGAAGGAGUCAGAAAGAGUAUCUCACUACAUCACCCGGGUCCAAACAGUGGUGAACCAACUUAAACGCAAUGGAGAAACUCUUGAAGAUGCCAAGGUUGUGGAGAAAAUCCUUCGAUCAUUGACAAAUGAUUUUAAGAAUGUGGUAUGUGCUAUUGAGGAAUCAAAGACCUUGGAAGAAAUGACUAUUGAUGAUCUUGCAGGUUCCUUUGAAGCACAUGAACAAAGAAAGAAGAAAAAGAAACAAGAGGUCUUGGAUGAGGCCUUACAAACAAAGAUGACCAUGAAAGAAGACAAGGCAAUGUAUGUGAAACACAACUGAGGAAGAGAACAUGGUCGUGGUGGUCGCAGUUUCAAUUGCGGCAGAGGUCAUGGUCGUGGAAACAACAAUGAAAAGAGAGAAAAAAUGAGCCAACUAAAUUGGCAUGGACGAGGUUAAGGUCGUGGAAGAGGCGAUUGCUCAAAUACCCCAAAUGUCCAGUGUUACAAUAGUAGAAAAUAUGGACACUACGAAAAGGAUUGCUAUGCCAAGAAGAAUGUGGAAGAAAAUGCGAACUUAGUCACAAAAGAUGAGAGAAAAGCUGACAGUGUUCUCAUGAUGGCCCAUGAAGGAAUCACUCCAGACAGCGACAUGGUAUGAUAUCUUGAUAUCAGUGCAAGUAACCAUUUGUGUGGGCACAAACAUCUUUUUGUUGAUAUGCAAGAGAUAGAAUAUGGAUAUGUGUCUUUUGGAGAUGCAUCAAAGAUUCAAGUCAAAAGUUGAGGAAAAAUACAUUUUUCCCAAAGGAAUGAAAAAAAAGGUACUAUGGAAGAUGUCUACUAUGUACCUAACUUGAAGAGUAAUAUUCUAAGUAUGGGCAGUUAUUGGAGAAAGGAUGUUCGAUCUUCAUGAAAGAUCGAAUGUUGCACUUGAAUGACAGAAAUGAUCGAGUGCUCGCACACGUUGAGAUGGGGAAGAAUUGGAUGUUCAAACUCAACAUGAAGAAUGUACAAGAGAGGUGUUUACAAGCCAGCAUGGUGGACAAAGCAUUCUUAUGGCACUUACGGUUUGGACAUUACACUACGACGAACUAAAAGAGUUAGCAAAGAAGGACAAGGUCCAUGGGCUACCAAAAGUGGACUAUACCAAGAAGUUUUGUGAAGGUUAUGUACUUGGCAAACUAGCAAGGGCAACUUUCCAAAAGAAAAUACAAUAUUGUUCAAAAGGACCUGUUGAGUUGAUACACACAGACAUGUGUGGCUCAAUCACUCCAAAAUCUUUCAGUGAGAAAAGGUAUUUUAAUUACCUUUAUUGAUGACUAUACAAGAAAGACUUGGGUUUAUUUUUUGAAGGAAAAGUUAGAAGUAUUUGAAGUAUUCAAAAAGUUCAAGGUGAUGAUAGAGAAGACAACCAAUCUUUACAUCAAUGCUUUACAGUCAGAUAGAGGUGGAGAAUACAUAUCAACCGCUUUCACAAAUUAUUGUGAGGAACAAGGUAUCAAAAUAUUUUUUACUAUACCAUAUUCACCUCGGAAAAAUGACGUUGUAGAAAAGAAAAAUCAAACGAUCCUUGAUAUGGUUCGAUCAAUGUUGAAGAGUAAAGAUGUGCCAAAGGAAUUCUUGGCAGAAGCAGUACAAUGUGCUAUGUAUGUGCAAAACCAAUGUCCACAUACAAAAUUGGUGAAUCAAACACUGCAAGAGGCUUGGAGUGGUCAUAAACCAACCAUCUUACACCUUAAAGUGUUUGCUAGUGUGGCCUAUGCACAAGAACCAGACCAAAGAAGAACCAAACUCAAUUAUAAGAGUAAGGAAUAUGUGUUUAUUGGGUAUGAAUAAAAGACGAAGGCUUAUAAAUUAUUCGAUCUAAUUGAAAAGAAGUUGAUUGUAAGUCGUGACAUUCAAGUGAAUGAAGAAAGCGCGUGGAACUAGAAUAAUCAACAUGAGGCAUUACAAGAAGAGUCAUUGAGAAUUGCACCAAUAAACACUGCAAUGACUUCUAAAAUAUUUGACAAAGUGGAAGAGCUGAGUCAACCUAGGAUGCAGAGUCUACAAGAUCUAUACGACUCAACCAAUGAAGUACACCUAGUUUGCUUAUUAGCAAACUCAGAGAACAUUGCUUUUGAAGAAGCCAUAAGAGACAAAAAGUGGAAAGUCGCAAUGGAUGAAGAGAUAGAAGCAAUUGAAAGAAACAAAACUUGGGAUUUGAUGGAAUUGUCUGAUGGAUAUAGACCUAUUGGUGUAAAAUGGGUAUACAAGAAGAAGAUGAAUGCCUAAGGUGAGAUUUAAAGGUACAAGGCGCGUCAAGUUGCAAAAGGUUACAGAAAAAAAAGCAGGAAUCUAUUAUGACGAAGUUUUUGCUCCAGUUUCAAGAAUGGAGACAAUUCAACUCCUUUUAUCUCUAGCUGCACAAUUCAAGUGGGCUAUCUAUCAAAUGGAUGUAAAAUCAGCAUUUUUAAAUGGAGUUCUUGAAGAAGAAAUCUAUACGGAGAAACCCCCUGGAUACAUGAAAUUUGGAAAGGAAAAUAAAGUAUUGAAACUAAAGAAGGCACUCUAUGGGUUAAAGCAAGAACCUCGAGCAUAAAACACUCAAAUUGAUACUUACUUUAAGAAGAAAAAGUUCAUACAAUGCCCACAUGAGUAUGCAUUAUACGUAAAGAAAAAAGAAGGUAAUCUACUUAUCUUGCCCUUUAUGUUGAUGAUCUUAUUUUCAUGGGGAGUAAUGAGAACUUGAUUGUGGACUUUAAAGAUGCUAUGACGCGGGAUUUUGAAAUGACGAACUUAGGAUUGAUGAAAUACUUUCUUGGUCUUGAAAUUAGGCAAGAAAACUUUGGAAUUUUUGUUUCACAGGAGGCAUAUACGAAGGCCAUUUUGAAAAGAAAUAAGAUGGAAGAAUGUAAGCCUGUAGCAACACCAAUGGAGCUUGGCACAAAACUCUCUAGAUUUGAGGGAGGAAAUCAAGUAAAUGCACGUGAAUACCAUAGUUUGGUAAGGUGUCUACGAUAACUCACAUGCACAAGACCGAAUAUUGCAUAUAAUGUUGGUGUAAUGAAUUGAUACAUGAAGGAUCCAAGGCUCUCGCACUUCAAAGCCAUUAAAUGAAUUCUUCGAUACAUUCGAGGGAUGAAAUCACUCGGGCUUCUCUACACAAGGACGAGUGAAUACAAGUUGAUAGGAUACUCUAACAGUGAUGGGGCGGAGAUAUAGAUGAUAGAAAAAUCACUUGAGAAUAUUGUUGGGGUUGAUGCCCUAAACUCUCAUAGGGUCUUGUAGUUUGUAAACACCUAUAUGAACAAACGCUUGUGAUG